ACCUGCGAUGGAUCCGAAUAUGUGAAAUACGGCUCCGAUUAUGAUCUUCAUCUUCCAUCUCACGUCAACCUCUUAGCUUUCUCUCUCCUCCUCCUCUAAUCUCUCUAUAAAUAUCACCCGCCACAGCUUCUUCCUUAAUCCUCUCUGCCUGCGCCCAUAAUAUAAUAUAUAUACACAUAAAUACUCCGUCGUAUAUAUCUUCAAUUCUCCGGCCACCUUCAUUUCUUCUUCAUCGGACCUAUACACACACAUAUACUCUGUGUAUACUAUAUACGAUAUAUAUUUGGUCAUAUAUGGGGGAUAAUAACAACGUUAAUCUGCCGCCGGGCUUUCGGUUCUACCCCACGGAUGAGGAGCUGGUGGUGCAUUUCCUCCACCGCAAGGCGGCGCUGCUGCCGUGCCACCCUGACGUCAUUCCCGAUCUCGACCUCUACCCUUACGAUCCAUGGGACCUAGACGGGAAAGCUAUGGCGGAGGGGAGGAAAUGGUAUUUUUACAGCAGAAGAACAUCGAGAAGAAUGACGGAGAACGGAUUCUGGAAGCCAUUAGGGGUGGAGGAGCCAAUCUUCUCCAGCUCCGGCGCCGGCCAGAAAGUGGGGAUGAAGAAAUACUACGCUUUUUACGUCGGAGAGCCGCCGGAGGGCGACAAAACCGAUUGGGUAAUGCAGGAAUAUCGCCUCUCCGAUUAUUCCGCUUCCACUAGCUCCAGAUCAUCCUCUAGAAGAAAUCGCCAUUCCAAGAUCGAUUAUAGCAAAUGGGUAAUCUGUCGGGUGUUCGAGGGAAACUAUGAUAACGGUGGCGGCGGCGAUGAUGGGACGGAGCUUUCAUGUUUGGAUGAAGUUUUCCUGUCGCUAGAUGAUCUUGAUGAGAUUAGUCUGCCACAUUAAGAUAAUUAAUCAUUAUAUUAAUUAAGCUAAUUAGAUCCCAUAAGCUUAGGAUCUAAAUGGCAUUGCAUUUGCCCAGCUACUGUUUCUACAUAUAUAUAUAUAUGUUUUGUUCUUCUUAGCAGAAAUUUAUGUAACAAAAAAAAAAAAAACUUAUAAAAGUUAAUUAAAUGCAGUAUAUGUUUCGGAUA